AAAGUUGAAAAGGUGAAAAAAAUAGACGUAAGGAAGUGAAACUGCCUCGUGCAUAUGAGAAAAAGGACGUGAGACAACUAAAGGUAAAAGGUAAUUAAGUGAGAGUCACCGAAGAGUCAUGCCAUCUCCAUGUCUUCCACAUUCCACUUUAUCAUUUAUCUCCAUCGUUUCUACAUUAUUGUCUUCAUAUUUUGAUCAACUACCUUCUUUUCUUCUAAAAACCUUCAAUUGCUUGAUUGCAACAAAAAAUGCAGUCUUCUUUCGCAAUUAUAAUUAUGAAUACAUGAUACUUAACUUAUAGGCCAAACAUGAAAAUGUAAAAUAAAAGUCCAGAUCAGUAUAGGCAAAAAAGAAUCUCUACCAUCAACUAGACAAGUAAUUAGUAAUUUAGUAUACGCCAAUAUUGUAUUCUUGGGAAAAAAACAAUCAUAAGUUUGUUGAGUUUGUGUGCCUGACAUGGGUACAAGUUUGUGAAAUCCUACUUGUAUAUUAAUUUAAUCCAUUAACUAGUACCACCUGCAUUUAUCUAUUGUACACUAGCACAAACAUAACACAUAACAUAAAUAUAUAGUAUUAUGUAAACUAUAAAAUAUGCCUUAUUAAAGAAAUUACAACAUGAUAAUUUGAUUAGUGGGAGAAGACCAAUGCGCUUAAAGAUAUUUUAUGUCUUGUGUUGACGCAUACUUAUAUAUCUUUCUUAUAGUAACUAAUACAUGUAAUUAGUUAAUCCAACUAGCUUCUUUUGAGUUUUUUAAUCCAAUUAGUUUCUUUUGAAUUUACAUGAUGGCUAUAAAAUUAUAAAAAUAUUAACAAAGUUCCCAUUUUAUUAUUCACAUAUGUCUAGUUCAUAUAUACACUUUCCACAUUUAAAAUCAUUUAAAUUGAAGAAUAAUGAUUUUAAAUAUUCUUUUUUUUGUUCUUGCUAAUCAUUUCCAUUUUCCUCCUAUAAAACCUUGACAUAUCUCAACUUACUAUCAUAUUCACCAACUACAUCUUUCUCUUCCUCAACAAUCAACCCUAAUAUAACUCCAAAAUGGAAGCCACCAUCUUCAAGAAAUCAAGAAGCUCAUCAUCAACCCUAGCGAUGCACAAACAAUCAUACUCAAUAACCAAAACAAAGCCAAAGAUCCGUAUAAUUCAUAUAUUUGCACCUGAGAUCAUCAAGACCGACGUUGCCAACUUCCGAGAGCUCGUCCAGAGCCUCACAGGCAAACCAGAAGACCAUGGUGUUUCAAGGACAAAGACAAGAAGAGGUACUCAUCGUCAAGUCCAAGACAUGAUCAACAUGGAGAAACCAGGAGAAGUAGAGCGUUGUGAUGAUCAAGGGUUCUGCUCAAACUCAGAGAUGGAAGAUAUGUCGAUGACUUGGAACGGUGAUAAUGACGGUGGUGAGCUCUCAGGAGGGUUCUUGAAUGGUAUGGGAGAUUUUGGAGGGUUUAUUCAAGAACUUGGUGAAUUUCCCUAUUUGCCCUCGUCCGCCAUGGACGUUUCUGCUUCUUCUAACUCGUCUUCUUCCUCCCAUUUACAUGGUGGAUCAAUUUUCUCAGAUUCUCAUCACCAAUUCUAACUCUUGUCUCUCAAACAAAAGAGCUUUUUAUAAGUGGUGUAUUUUAUCUUCUUAAUUAGGUUUUUGUGGAAAUAUUUUUUGUUGUUUUUGUUUAGUCCAAUAAAUUGAUAUUAUGUAAAGGUUAAACUCUUUUUUAUUUCACCCUUAAUGUGUUAUGAGCUGA